AAAUUGUACUAAAAGCAGUAUAAAGACUUUCGAUGGAUUUCGGUCGACAAGGAAUUUUGAGGGAUUCUUCGAUAAGGGAUUUUUCUUGACUCAAGUGCUAUGUUUUGUAAAAACCUGAAAGCUACUAAAGUAAUUUGUUUCAUUCAUAACUUAUGAAUGAUCUCAUUUUCACCUGUGAUGUUGAAGUACGGUACACUUGAGAGAUGUACCUUUCAGUACAUUAACUAUUUCUAACGUUUUAUUCUUCAUAAUAUGCACCCAGAUCGGCCUUGCUUUCUAGGAAAAACAUAUAACAGUUCAACUUAAGGCCUAUAUUUGGAAUAACAUGGAUUAUGCCGGUGGCUUAUUUUAUUGCUCUUAUAUCCUGGCAAGUUAUAGCGACGUGUGAGGGUAACGAAAUGUCACUGGGGCUGUGAAACACUCGGACUUUAUUCCUCAACUUUGUCUGGAGAUCCAUUGGAUGCGGGAUUGGAUGUGAUCAAACUUUCAUCGAUAAUAGGACAGUACUUUCAGGGUUACAGUAUCUGCCUUCAUACUUUGUAGCGGAGUAUUUUCAUAAUUAUUUUCUUCUUCGAUCUACGCAGCAAUCAUGCUAAUAGACACAGCACCUCCCUUUCGAACAAAAUAACACCUGGUUCCCCAGGUCAGGCUUAAAUAAAUCAAUUGAGUCUAGACCACUUCACGCACCUGUCGAUGUUUAUAUACAGCGUUAAGCAGAACAGAAGCAUACAUUUGCAUAUAGCAAAAUGUCGAGAUUUUCUUAACAAUCAAUUAUACACUCUCUUGAUUGGUAUGACAAUUGCGAGGGCAUUGCUGUGCCUUGCUAUUCGACUUAUUGGAGCUCGCAGCUGACAAGAACAAUGACGAAAAUAUUUGAGGUGAUACUGAGGCUUUUGUCUCGGCAUUUCGCCUUUCUGCGGAUCUACCAGGCGUACCUUCAGCGCACGAAGCGGACAAUUUCCACGGAAAAUCUUUUAGCGACGAGGGAUUGUGAUUCAGAGACGUUUGGCCUCAAACGAAGAAGACAUACCGACUGUGUGAUAAAGACCAGAGAAUAUCACUCAGCAGAGGUAUAUUGUCGAGAUUCAAAUAAGAGGAAUAAACCAGUGGGAUUGCAGAGUGCCUUUAUUUUAAAAGGAGAUACUGAAUUUCAAAUGGAGGAGUCGAUGGUGAAUACAAACUUUAGGAUCAUAACGCAUCAGCAUGCGUCAAGGACAACAUACCACUGUGUCUCGGAUAAUAAUAAUGAUACUGUUUCAGUGAGGCCGCGAGAUCUUCUUACGGACGACUUUCAGGUCGAAGGUUUGAUCGGCAGCGGUGGUUUUGGAUCGGUGUUUGUUGGGAAGUACUGCGGUCGACGAGUGGCCGUCAAGGUGUUACGACCACGCCGGAAAAACGCUGAAGCCAUGCUGCAGAGCUUUCGCGCAGAAGUCAACGCCCUGUACUUAAAGCAUGAGAACAUCGUCAAUGUACUAGCCACAAGUGCCGUAGAGGAUUUCGAGGCUGGUGCUUUUAUCAUCAUGGAGUACGCGGGGAAGAGGAAUCUACAGCAACUGAUCAAUGAACCAUCCGAAAGGUUACCGCUGGCACGCCGUGCAAAUUUUGCUCUUCACAUCAUCCGUGCCUUACAAUACACCCACGCACAUAACAUCGCCCACUUGGACGUCAAACCAGCAAAUAUCAUUGUAGAUGAUUAUGACGUAUGUCGCUUGUGUGAUUAUGGAUGCUCUCAGCAGGUCUUUGGGUCAAAUGGCAAAGGUCUUCGAAGUCCUACGAAUCGGUCGUACUUGACCGGCACUUGUGGGUACCGCGCCCCGGAGCUCUUGUGUGGUGACGCGCCGACGACCAAAGCCGACAUCUAUUCGUUUGGGAUCACACUUUGGCAGAUGCUGACGCGAGAGACGCCAUACGCUGGGGAGAAUCAUCACGUCGUCAUUUUCGGCGUCGUCGCCAAGGACAUGCGCCCGAAGCUUCCCGGCAACGAGAACGAGACGGAAAACGACUGGUAUCGUCGGCUCAUCACGAAGGCCUGGCCGAAGCAACCCGAAGACAGACCGACUGCCAGGGAGUUACUGAAAGAGCUGGAGAUGCGACUCGGUGUGGACGACGUCGCUUGAACGAUUGUGCCGGCAGCCGAACUCCCAUCUACCAGUUGGUGAAUGUCAGCUAUUGAUGGUUGAAGUUUGGUGCUCCAGAGCAAUAUUUUAUCGUCGCAUCUAACAUCCUUGAGAUGCCAUCUUUGGCUAGUUGCAGUUCAUCCGGUGACAUCUAUUGAACUGCCCAUUGUCGUCAACCGCGAUUUGAGUCUUCAAAAUACUAUAGGUUCUCCAACAUACUUGCGCAGGUCUAUACGUCUAAAAACAUUUCUUAUCGACGUAAUAUCUUUUUUAUUGUGAUAUAUCAAUCGAUUGUACUAAUGACAUUAAAGGUCCCCAUAUUCAAUGAUAUUCAUUUUCAUUAGCUAAUCAUUCUGAGUUUUUAAUGAUAUCACCCUUCCUUAGCAACUGCCAUAUAGUACCCUAUAAGUAUAAGUGAUACAUUACGCUUCUCUUUCGAGAGUUUUUAAUCGUUGUUAUUUGUGAAAAAUCUAAAAUUUGUAGUUAAAAUCGCUAAUGGAUUCAAUCGAUCAAACAAGCAGGCGCCGGCAGAUUGAGGCGAAUCCGGGUAUAUCUAUUUCAUGAUUAUCGUGAUGAUGAAUACAAAACCAUGACGUCACAAUUAGGGUUGGUUUUCAUGAACCACUUCAGUAAGUGCCUCAGAUUUAAUUGUGAUAAUGACUAACAUGAAUAAUUUAAUGUCGAAUUCCCUGAUGUUCUUCUAUAUAAAGAUAAUGAUGUUACCAGUGACUACUGUAUUUAAAAUCAACUAGUAGAGGCACCCCUAAACGCUAUGAAAUAUCAACACGUUACUCUGUUUUGUAAAUCUGUCCUUUGAAUUAUACAAAUAUUGUAUUCAAAAUUAUGUCUUCCUGAGGUUUUAAGUCUUCCAAAAUCGAUUAUCUCUCGAGCAUUUGUCUUAUGGUGGUCAUAGGUCUUCCAACUUUCUUUUCCAACACCAUUUCUUGCAGUGUAGGCACUACAGCAGAUCACUUUCGUGCAUUUUUAAAAUCUAAAUAGUAGAACCCGAUGUCUGCCCAUGCUUAAUCGUUUACUCUCUCAUUCAUUUUCAUAUCUCACUUUAGAGAGAUGCUACUUACAGUAAUACUACUUUGUCUACUUAUCUUUUGGUAUCAGUAUAACACAUUUGUUUUUGUAUCUGUUCUUCUGAAGAGGGAUUUUGAGGGGGAAAUGUUUUCUCUAUGCAAUAUAUCUGAAUAAUCUUUUAAAUCGACCCUUUAUCGAAAGAAAACUCAUGUGUUUUUGAACAAUAAUUCCAGAGCAGAUUUCAAUGCAAAUCGAAUUCAAAUUCAAUACAAUGAUCGGUUUACUAUUAAAUAAACUAUGCACAAAUUAAAACCUUUCAAUAAUACAUCAACAGACUAUCUGCUUGAAUUGAACAAAAAUAUUGACAGUUGUGAGCAGCCCUCUUCCCCGGGGACUAUAUCCUAGGUCCUCAACAUAAAAAUCAAUAUUACGAUUUGCAUAGUAAUGCGUGAAGCAAUCUAUAUUUUUAACAUCUCGUUUUAUUUACAAUUGAAGGACGUGUUGUUUUCAAUUUCGUCUAAAUUGUCGUUUUUAUACCAUAUGUGUAUACGUAUAAUCUAUUCAAUGAGGAAAAAAAUGAAGAAAAAAAAUGAAAAAAAUUCUUAAUCGUAAACAAAUAUUUCCCCGUUAAUCAUGUGAAAAAUGUUGUUAUUAUACUUUUGAGAGAUUAUGCGAUGUCAAAUUUCUCGCUUAAACAAUAUGUCAUCUUAAAAUGUUGUCAUGGCAAAAGUAAAACGAGGCAUGCUAAUUAGAAUUGUGGUAUAUAUAAGGUGUGAAGCUGUCAGAAGGGCUCUAAUGGUGAUUUCCAAUUCCAAAACUAUUGGGACAUUGGUAUAAAGCGCCCUUCUGCCAGGCUAACAUCUUUGAAUGUAGUCAAGGUUUUUUCUUCAAAAUGGUUGGUUUGUUUCUAUAAUAAAUUGUCUAUCAUGAGUUAAGAUUCUUUUGACAGAGAUUGAGUACCCACAAGGAACUUGGUUCGAACCUCGUCCCCAUUUAUAGUUUGAAUUUCAAGCCUUCAGUCACUCCAAAGCUAUAGUCCGCUAAACACUCAUGCCCAUCUGAGAGUGACAUUAUACCCAGCAAAAGUGGCAUUCGUGACAUUAAGAUAGAUUACUGGUUAAAUCAAGUUGUAAAGACCUAUUUUCU